AUGUCGCUCCAAGCCCCCUUAACCACAACCACAAUCUACUUCGGCUACGGCUCCAACCUCUGGCUCCACCAAAUGUCCAUCCGAUGCCCAACAUCGCAGUACCUCGGGGUCGCACGGCUACCACACUACACCUGGCUGAUCAAUGACCGGGGCUACGCCAAUGUAGUCGAAGCGAACAAAACAUCGGAAAGCUACUCAGACGAAGUCUAUGGGCUCGUAUACGCUCUCCUUCCCGAAGACGAGAAGAGAUUGGAUCGCAACGAGGGGGUACCUGUGGCGUACACGAAGGAGCUGAUUCCUUGCGACUUUUGGCCCUCAACUACCCAUGAGAAGGCGAACACGAGUCUGCCACCCUUCGAGACGAGGGACAUGCUAGUGUAUAUCGACCGGAACCGGACCAUGCCGGACAAGCCGCGGGAGGAGUACGUGUAUAGGAUGAACCAGGGGAUCCAGGAUGCAGUGGAGAGGGGUGUGCCGGAGGAAUAUGUCAGAGACGUCAUGAGGAAGUUUAUUCCGGAAGGGGAUAAGGAUGCAGAGAACACGAUUAGAGAAUAUGCAAAGACGCAAGCGGCGCAGUUCAAAGACGAGAGUGGGGUGUUUGAGUGA